CAAGAUGUGUAUUUUUUGUGUAUGUAUUUGCUAAUUUGUAUCCCUGUUAUUGCAAGAGGUCUUUACUUACCUAGUUACUUGCUGAGUAUUUAUUUCAGGUAUAACUUGGGUCCUGGUAUACCGAACAGACAAAUACAAGAGAUUAAAGGCUGAAGUGGAAAAACAGAGCAAGAAAUUGGAAAAGAAGAAGGAAACGAUAACUGAAUCCGCAGGCCGACAGCAGAAAAAGAAAAUAGAGAGACAAGAAGAGAAACUGAAGAAUAACAACAGGGACUUGUCAAUGGUUCGGAUGAAAUCCAUGUUUGCCAUUGGCUUCUGCUUCACUGCCUUGAUGGGAAUGUUUAACUCCAUAUUUGAUGGCCGAGUGGUGGCAAAGCUUCCAUUUAUACCCCUCUCGUAUAUCCAAGGUCUCUCCCACCGCAACCUUCUGGGUGAAGAUUACACUGACUGCUCCUUCAUCUUCCUCUACAUUCUCUGCACAAUGUCUAUCAGACAGAACAUUCAGAAGAUGCUCGGUCUUGCUCCUUCCCGAGCUGCCACCAAGCAAGCAGGGGGCUUCCUUGGCCCGCCACCUCAGGCAGGGAAGUUCUCCUAAAGCACAGUGACAGCCUUCAUGGAAGGUCUGACGAGUGCACAAGACUGCCUUUGGGAGGUAACAAGCUGGGAUUCUGCACCAGGCUUCACAUGUCCAAGAGUAGCCUAUGCAGUAUUGGCCACAGUCUUGGAAACAUUUUCCAUUUGGAGUAUUCUACCAGCAGUUGUUUGCUCAUCAGACCAAGAAAGUUCUCAGAAGAUAACUUGACCUUUUGUUUCUGGUGUUUCUGAGAAAUAAAUGGCAUGGGCAUGUGUUUA